GAUUUGUAUUUAGUACCGACUUAUGUGAUAUGGAAUACGAUUUGCAAUGGUUUUUUGCUAUGUAAUUUACCCUAUGGCAAUUCAUAGUGAUUUAUCUGGUGAAAUAAUUAUGAAAUAAAUUUAUUAUUCGUUCCAUGGGAAUAUAAUUCAAUAUUGAGGAAAUCCCGAAUCCAUACAUUUUAAACAACACACUGAAUAUUAUUGCAAAUGCUGAUUCUUCGUUGUAGAAUUUUGUACUUCUGGUUAACUACAUAGGAAUUGGACCCGGGUGAUACGAUAAAACCUCUAAAUGGCGGACACUCUCGAGACCCAAAACAUUUUUCUCCAUUGUGAAAAUUGAAUAAAAUUUUGGAAUAAUGAAUUCAAAUGAUGCUAACAUUGAGAAAGUUGACCUUUGGUCAACAGGAAAAUGUAUAUUUUGUAGUGGAAAAAUAGAAGAAGAUUCGAAUGUCCUAAAUUGUCUUCAUAUUAUUUGUAAAGAUUGCACAAUGAGAAAAAGUACUAAUUUAGGUGUACAGUGUAAAUGUAAAAUGGUGACUACGGGUGAACUCAUUGAUUACUCAAUUAUGCCACCAAAUAAAACACGAGUUAAGCUAUGCUGUGAACAAAAUUGUAAAGUCUUAGCAAGAAAAAUCUGCAUGUAUUGCAAAAGUGUGUAUUGUAAACCAUGUUCAAAGACACAUCCAAUUAAGAAUGAAGAUCAUAACCCUAUCUUAAUGAUGACUUAUCCAUUAAAAAAAGAAUUUCUUUUUUGCCCAGAAUGUAAGGAAAAAUGUGUAGAAGUAUUUUGUACAAGCUGUUCAAUAAUGAUUUGUCCUCUUUGUCAUUUAAACUUUCACCAGCCACAUAAUUUUAAACUUCUUUCCAUAAUGGGCGUUGAAACCAAGAGAGAAUUUCAAUCAUUACUCUGUGAUAUAAGAAAAGAUAACCAUCGUUUGGAUUCUUUGAUUCUAAUGUCAAAUGAAAAUAUUGAGAAAUUAAAAUCUGAGAAGAGAACAAUUAAUGAGAAAGUUGAUAAAACUAUCAAUAUGUUACUCGAAGAAGUUAAUAAACGCUCACUUGAGAUAAAAAAAAUACUUGAAACAAAUUUCACAGAUGCUGUUAAUAGAAUUAAUGAGAAUAAAGAGGUUCUUAAUGGUUUAAUAAAAGAAAAUACAUAUUAUCAUGAUGUAACAAGUUCUGUUAUAAAUAAUAAUAAAACAUUUCAAUCCAUACAACUUUCUAAAAUUAUCAAGAAUCAAAUGAACAUUGCUAGGAGCCAUACCAAAGACAUGCCUGAAGUUACAGAAAUUUCUAAAGCUGAAUUGGUAUAUGAUGAUGAACAAUCUGCAAAAAAAUGUGUAGAAUCAAUUCGAGGAUUGGGAAAUAUUAGUUUAUCAACAAUUGUUGAUCUAUCAGAUUUUAAAGUCACAGUUGACCCAAAUAUUGCUCUACGAGCACUUGAAAAUAAUGAAUCUUCCUAUUUAAGACCUGAUGAACCAGUGUUUCUACUACCUAGUGUAAUCAAGGUAGAAAAAGAAAAUAAUGAAAUGAUAGAUGAAGAUUCUGACAGUUCAGACUUUGAACCGCUUGUAAGUUGUGCUUGUUGUAAUCAAUGGACUGAAGAAUUAAUAAGUUGCAUUUGCUGUAAUCGGUUUUAUCAUAAUGAUUGUCAUAUGCCUCCACUACCUAAUGAGCUUAGACCUAAAGAUCCAUCAAUAUUAAGGUGGAAGUGCACGUUAUGUCAGGAAAUUUCAGCACUAUACCAUAUCACAACCCGUAAUGAUUCCAUAAAUAGUUCUGAAAAGAAACUUCUUGAACGGAUACUGAUGGAGCUGUACUGUCAGAACGAGGAUAGUGAGCAUUACAGAGAUUGUUUGAAUAGAGAGAGAUAUCCACAGUUUUAUGAAAAAGUUAAAGAUCCUAUAUCAUUGAAUAAUAUAAAAGAGCGGUUAGAAUCUAAUCCAUCAUAUUACACAGCAGUUGUUGAUGUUAUUAAGGAUUUAAGAAAAGUGUUUCGGGAUGGAAAAUUGUACUAUGAGAAUAGUCAUCCAUAUUAUAAGUCUGCAGAGGAACUUGAGAUUUCUUUGAACAGAAUGAUAUCUUCAUGGAUGCCAAAACUCUAUGUAUAACAAUUCUACUUAAUAUUAAUUACAAUAUAAGACAAAUUGUAUGAAACUACUGUAUUAACCCACUAUGGUUUUAUUUUAAUGUUUAACAGUGUAUUUUUGUUGUUAUAUAAACAUAAUGAAAAGUUUAGGUUAUAUGAUGUUAA